CUGCUAUCUGAGAGCCAGAUCAACAUGGUGAAGGUGAUGAACUCAGUGAACGAUGCCCUCAACUCCAUGCAGAAGGAGACGGGGAACCUGAAGGGCAAGUUCAAGGCAGACCUCCAGAGAGCACCUGUCCGCAGUGCCCGGCCCAAAGGCUGCUCCAAUGGUAGGCCUAUGGAUGGACACCAGUGGUGGCUGGUGGAAGGAGAAAAAGGCAAUGAGUGCAUGGACAUCUCCUAACUACACCAUGUCAGCUGUAGAAAUGGUUGAUCCUUUGAGCUGAAGUGAACCAUAUGUUUGGCCAACUAAAUGUAUUUACUGUCUGACAAGGCUAUUGUUGUUCACAAUUGCACUAGAAGGAAAAAAGCACAGCUUCAUAUUGAAAUAUGUUUGCAUACUACCUCUGAUACCCCAAAUUAUUUUUGUACAAAAAUUGCAUUUCUAUACGGUACAGGAUUUGGACAUGAUGAAGUGAAGCUGUCUGGACAGAUUCAGACAGGGCAGACUAUUAAGAGAAGAAAAUGUUGGAGCUCACUGGUUUAAUUGAAUAAUUUCUAUGAUAAAAUCCAGGAUUUAAACGUUAAUCAGGUGUCUAUCUGAUCUCGCUAGGCUCCAGACCUCGGGACUGCAGCGAUAUCUACGCAAGUGGCCAGCGGGAGGAUGGGAUCUACUCUGUCUUUCCCAUGCACUACCCUGCUGGCUUCCAGGUCUUCUGUGACAUGACAACGGAUGGAGGAGGAUGGACGGUGAGUGUCUGA